AUGAAGUCCUCGGCAGCCUGCGGGCAGCCCCGUGUGUCCAGCCGGAUCGUGGGGGGCCACGAUGCCAGGGAUGGAGAGUGGCCAUGGCAGGCAAGCAUCCAGCACCGUGGGGCCCACGUGUGCGGAGGGUCACUUGUUGCGCCCCAGUGGGUGCUCACAGCAGCGCACUGCUUCCCCAGAUGGUCACUGCCAUCCGAGUACCACGUGCGCCUGGGGGCACUGCGCUUGGGCCUCAUGUCACCCCAUGCACUCUUGGCACCUGUGUGGCGGGUGAUGCUGCCCCUGGACUACGCUGAGGAUAAGGCCCAGGGUGACCUGGCAUUGCUGCAGCUUCGCCGUCCUGUGCCACUGAGUGCCCGCGUCCAACCUGUCUGCCUGCCUGCACCUGGCUUCUACGCAUCACCCGGCUCACAGUGCUGGGUCACUGGCUGGGGCAGCCUUCGCCCAGGAGUGCCACUCCCAAAGUGGCGACCCUUGCAGGGAGUAAGGGUGCCACUGCUGGACUCACGAGACUGUGACCGCCUCUACCACGUGGGCACUGAUGUGCCCCAGGCUGAGCACAUAGUGCAGCCAGGGAACCUGUGUGCUGGCUACCUCGAAGGCCACAAGGAUGCCUGCCAGGGUGACUCUGGGGGACCCCUGACCUGCGUGCGAUCUGGGCGCUGGGUCCUGGUGGGCGUGGUGAGCUGGGGUAAGGGCUGUGCCCUGCCCAACCGUCCAGGUGUCUAUACCAACGUAGCCAAGUACAGCCCCUGGAUCCAGGCUCGCCUCAGCUUCUAA